AUGCGCCUGUGGAUAAACUUGGCGAUUCUAUUCAGCUUAUCUGUUGUGAUUGCGACUGAUGUUGGUUCUACUGAGGCUCCAAAUGGAAGCAAUACUACAAUUGCCCCUCCUGAACAGUCUACUACAAGUGAAUCUGUGAUCUCGGCCAACACCACAUUGAGCACGGGAAGCACCGCAGGUGACACGACGACCCCGGCUACCACCGAGGAGCCUACAACAACUACUGAAGCGCCGAUUGAUUACACAACAAUGAUAAUCAGUAACUCAUUUGAACCGAUGAAUGCGAAAUUGAUUCUACAACAUGCGGUAGUGCUCAAUCAACAAAUUGUCGAUCUGACAAAUGAAAUCAAUAAUGCAAAAAACGGGGUCAAUCCUGACAAUUCGCCUCUUUUUGCUCAACUCAAUGAUAUUCUCGCCAACUUAACCAUUCAGCAGACUACUCUCAAUAAUUAUCGAACUCAAUUAACCGAACUCAGCGAUACUCAAAAUAGCAUUGACAACGAUGUUGACUAUUAUAAUUCGGUUUACACAUGCUUCGCCCAAUCUUCUUGUGUUACGGACACAACAACCAGUGCGGAGCCGACUUCGCCGCUGCCUACUAAUCCAACUGGCACAUGUGAUGCAAAGAACCUUACAGCAACCAGCGACAAAAAUUCGUAUUCCUCUGAAAACGUUACUCAUGUUGAUGGAUGUGAUGUCACCAUUAUUGGCGACCAACAAAACACUAUUUUUGCAAAUAUCAAUACAUGCAAAAUUUCGCCAUCUGGAGUUCAGUACUGCGAUUGCGAGAAAUGCAUGUAUUCUGGAGACUAUUGUGAAGUAGAGCUGGAUUCUCCGUGCAAAGCUAGACAACAAAAAUUAUGCGGCGAGAAAGACAAAAAACCAUACGGAAAAUGCUUCCCAAGCUCGUGCACAGACACUUGCUAUCAGUGCGAUUGCGUGCAACCAGAUACCGAAAAUCCUCUACGCUGCAUUAAGCCCGAUGGGGUUUAUGAUACUUACACUGCUACAACGCAGCCAUCAACGACAUGUGCUCCAAUGACAACAACCGCCUUACUUAGUACUUCAACGAUUGCGGCGUCAACUGACUCGACUAUUUCAACCAUUACUACUAAUGAAUCCACUUCAACCAGCGUUGCGACUUCGACGAAUACUUCGCCAGCAAAAUUGGAUACUUCAACAUCAGGCCGGCCGACCAGUUUAAGCGUAUUCAAGUCUUCCGAAAUGGCCGCCGCUUCAGCUGCCAAGAAAACUGCGUCGAAGAAAAGUAAGAUCGCCACCAAGCCCAAAGCUCCGAAGGUCAAGAAGGCCUCGAUGGUGAGAUUCAAAUUUGAAGCUCGAGUUUAUACAAUGCCAAUUCAGCCAGUUGCCAAGAAGGCUUCUCCAAAGAAGACCGCAAAACCUGUAGCCAAAAAAGCAGCGAAACCAGCCGCGAAAAAAGCAACACCGAAAAAGAAAAGUGCUGCCAAAAAGGCGUCCACAAAGAAGAAGUAG